AUAAUAUUUCGUUUCGCCGGAAUAUUUAGUUCACUUUCGUUUCACUACUUGACUGAGAAACAAGCUCCAGAGCACAACCUAAUUCAGAAAUGUCAGAGAAUUCGGACGCGGAAGCAAGGCCAUUUGGAAACGACGAGUUGACAGAGGAUCCUGAGCAACCGAGUGGAUCGAAGAUGCCUGCGAAGUUCCAGCCCCUCCUAGAGAAACUAGAGCGCCUGAAUAGGGAGAUGGCCCGGGAGGAGGAAUUGAAUGUGCUGUUCAAUCGCCUCUUUGCUGCAAUCAUAGCAGAAGUACAUCAUUUAUAGUAUAUGCGACUUCUGUUCACCUAUUCCCAACAUACCAAUGUAUUAUCAAAUGGUGUAAUUGUCGACGCAUAAAUAUAUCAUAAGCAUCCCGGAUAUGGAGCUUUAAUUAGCACAUUUUUUCUUUUGCAUUUUCUUUUUACUUCCGAAUUCGGAGUGGGUAUACACUAUUACAAAAGUCAAUUGAAUUGAAUUAUCAAUGCACUAUGGUAACAUUAUGGUCUUACUGUUAACAUGUUAACAUGUUAAUAUUUUUUGCCUUAUUUUACAUCCAAAUUGGUUGAUUUUGUUAUCCUGCCGCUUGUUAUUAUGGAGAAGAGACUGGUUCAGACCCUUCAAAAGAAGGGUGAUCAGGAUUACUGUCCAAGCUAGAAAUAAAAUUUUGACUCUUAACUGAUAUAUGCCAUUUUGUGCUAGAUUAUAGCUGUUCCGAUAUAAAAGGAAACACUUUAAAAUUCAAAUUAUUUUUGAUCAAGUUGGCUAUGCUUUCGAUUGUCAUAAUAUUUCGUUCCGCCGGAAUAUUUAGUUCACUUGCGUUUCACUACUUGACUGAGAAACAAGCUCCAGAGCACAACCUAAUUCAGAAAUGGCAGAGAAUUUGGACGCGGAAGCAGAGGCAACUGGACACGACGAGGUCUUGACGACAGGGGAUCCCGAGCAGCCAAGUGGAUCGGAGGAGGGUUCGCAGUCCUCAGAUUCCGAGGAAGAAUUCCAGCGCCUCGAGGAGCAUAUAAAGGCCAUGGAAAGGAGGAUUGCCCAGGACAGGGACAAGAGAAGGAAUUUAUUCAUUCGCUUCAUGAAUUUAUUCCUCGAUAUACUAGAAGCACGGGUAUAUUCGCAGAACAUAUAGUAUUUGCGGUUUCUGUUAACCUAUUCUCAAAAUAACAAUGUAUUAUCAUAAGUGGUAUAAGUGUUGACGCAUAAAUAUAUUAUGACCAUCCCUGAAAUGGAGCGUUAAUUA